AUGAAUAGCAGUAGUUACAGCUAUCACAGCAGUGAUUCACUGUUCAGCAACAGUACCGGUGCUCGAACCAGCACCGACUCGAAUGAGAAUUUCCUUUCAGUUAAUUGUGGCCCUACAUUGGUUAAAUCUUGUAUAAGCUUUGGUAAUGGCGCCUUAAAUGGAACUAGGCUGGAGAUGCUACAGCAAAUUGCAAACCGAAUCCAGCGGGACAGCCUGAGCUGUGAGGACAAGCUGAUCCUUGCCCGGAACGCUCUGCAGGCUGAUGCCAAGCGUUUAGAAUCAGGACUCCAGUUCCAGAAUGAGGCAGAGAUAGCCGGGUAUCUUCUUGAAUCUGAGAAUAUGCUCCGUCAGCAAGUGAUUGAUGCCCAAAUUCUUAUCGAUGGAAAAUACUAUCAGGCAGACCAGCUUGUGCAGAGGGUUGCAAAACUUCGUGAUGACCUGUUAGCUAUAAGGACUGAAUGUUCUUCCUUGUACAACAAGGGGCACGCGCUGACGACGGAGCAGACAAAGCUGAUGAUAUCGGGAAUAACCGAAAGCUUAAACUCGGGAUUUACAACAAGCCUAACCCCAGAAUUAAGUGCUGCAAUGACCCAAGGUUUCACACCUUCUUUGACUUCCUCCAGUUUGACAUCUGGCCUUUCGCCGGGUCUUACCUCCAGACUGACACCAGCCAUCACUCCUGCCUAUACACCAGGCCUCCCGUCACCACGGUUAAUUCAAAGCUACAUGACAGGAGUAGAUGGUGGGAGUCUGCAAACACUCAAACUGACACAAAUCAGAAAACCUCUGAUGAAAUCAGCUUUUGUGGACCAGAAUUUAACAGAAGAAGAAGUCAACAUGAAAUUUGUCCAGGAUCUAUUAAGCUGGGUGGAAGAAAUGCAGGUGCAACUUGAUCGAGCAGAAUGGGGUUCAGAUUUGCCAAGUGUUGAAAGCCAUUUAGAAAAUCACAAAAAUGUCCACAAAGCUAUUGAGGAAUUUGAAUCUAGCCUUAAAGAAGCAAAAAUCAGUGAGAUUCAAAUGACAGCCCCUCUUAAACUCAGUUAUGCAGAAAAAUUGCACAAACUGGAGAGUCAGUAUGCAAAACUUCUGAACACCUCAAGAAAUCAGGAGAGGCACCUAGAGACUCUUCACAGUUUUGUGUCCCGUGCUACCAGAGAGCUGAUAUGGCUGAAUGAAAAAGAAGAGGAAGAGGUUGCAUAUGAUUGGAGUGACAGAAACACCAAUAUAGCAAGAAAAAAGGAAUAUCAUGCAGAAUUAAUGAGAGAACUUGAUCAAAAAGAAGAAGUUAUUAAAUCCGUUCAAGAAAUAGCUGAACAAUUGCUUCUUGAAAAUCACCCAGCCAGGCUAACCAUUGAGGCCUAUAGAGCUGCAAUGCAGACACAGUGGAGCUGGAUUCUGCAGCUCUGUCAUUGUGUUGAACAACAUUUGAGAGAAAAUGCUGCAUAUUUCGAGUUUUUCAAUGAUGCCAAAGAGGCCAUGGACUAUUUAAAGAAUCUAAAGGAUGCCAUAUACCGAAAAUACAGUUGUGAUAGAUCCAGCAGCCUUCAUAGGCUGGAAGACCUUGUCCAGGAAUCAAUGGAAGAAAAAGAGCAGCUCUUACAGUAUAAGAGCACAGUGGCAGGCCUUGUGGGAAGAGCAAAGGCAAUAAUUCAGCUGAAGCCAAGGAAUCCGGACUGUCUACUCAAAACAUCCAUCCCAAUUAAAGCCAUCUGUGACUAUAGACAAAUUGAGAUAACUAUUUACAAAGACGAUGAAUGUGUGUUAGCAAACAACUCGCAUCGUGCUAAAUGGAAAGUCAUUAGCCCGAGUGGUAACGAAGCCAUGGUUCCAUCUGUGUGCUUUACAGUUCCUCCACCAAACAAAGAAGCAAUAGAUACAGCCAACAGGAUUGAGCAGCAGUUCCAGAACGUUCUGGCCCUGUGGCACGACUCUCACGUGAACAUGAAGAGCGUGGUCUCCUGGCGGUACCUCACGAGCGCCAUUGAGGCGGUGCGCGCGGGCAACGUGGCCUCGAUAAAAACAAUGUUGCCAGGUGAACAUCAGCAGGUAUUAAGCAAUCUGCAGUCCCGCUUUGAUGACUUUGUGGAAGAUAGCCAGGAGUCCAAAAUCUUUACCAGCUCCGAUACAGCCCAGUUGGAAAGGGAGGUUAAUGUUUGCAAGCAGUACUAUGAAGAACUUCUGAAAUCUGCAGAAAGAGAGGAGCAUGAGGAAUCUAUUUAUAAUCUUUACAUCUCAGAAGUCAGAAAUAUCAGACUUCGCCUGGAGAGCUGUGAGGAGCGGUUGAUCCGGCAGAUCAGAACCCCAAUGGAAAGGGAUGAUCUACAUGAAAGUGUGUUUAGGAUUUCAGAGCAAGAGAAACUGAAGAAAGAACUGGAUGGACUCAAAGAUGACUUGGGAGUGAUCACAGAUAAAUGCGAAGAAUUUUUCAGUCAAGCUGCUGGUUUACCUUCAGUCCCAACUCUGCGCUCUGAACUCAAUGUUGUCAUUCAGAAUAUGAACCAAGUUUAUUCCAUGUCUUCCAUUUACAUAGAUAAAUUAAAAACAGUAAAUUUGGUACUUAAGAACACCCAAGGAGCAGAAUCACUAGUAAAGCUUUAUGAAACUAAGCUCUGUGAAGAAGACACAGUGACUGCUGACAAAAAUAGUAUUGAGAAUUUAAUGGGCACAUUAAAGCAAUGGAGAUCCGAAGUAGAUGAGAAGAGAGAAGUAUUCCAUGCCUUAGAGGAUGAGCUGCAGAAGGCAAAGAUGAUCAGUGAUCAAAUGUUUAAAAUGCACAAGGAACGUGAUCUUGACUUCGACUGGCACAAAGAAAAAGCUGAUCAGUUAGCUGAGAGGUGGCACAAUAUUCAUUCUCAAAUUGAAAAUAGGCUGCGUGACUUAGAAGGUAUUAAUAAAUCUCUAAAAUACUACAAAGAUACUUACAAUUCAUUGGAUACUUGGAUUCAGCAAGUGGAAGAUACUCAGAGAAAGAUUCAAGAAAUUCACCCUGAAAAUAGCAAAGCAUUGGCUAAACAACUGAACCAACAUAAGAUGUUGGUUUCUGAGAUUGAAAUGAAGCAAAGCAAGAUAGACGAAUGCCAGAAAUAUUCAGAACAGUACUCGGCUGCUGUGAAGGACUAUGAGUUGCAGACUAUGACCUAUAGAGCUAUGGUCGACUCCCAGCAAAAGUCUCCAGUGAAGCGCCGAAGAAUGCAAAGCUCAUCAGACUUCAUUAUUCAGGAGUUCAUGGACCUACGGACUCGUUAUACUGCCUUAGUGACCUUGAUGACCCAGUACAUUAAGUUUGCAGGGGACUCUCUGAAAAGACUGGAAGAGGAGGAGAUUUUAAAGAAUAAGGAAGCCUCAGUGCGUGAAGCAUAUUCAGUUCUAACGGCACAGCAAAACAGCACAAUUGAUGAGAACAGAAAACUCAUAGGAAAGAUAAAAACUCUUGAGGAGAUGUUGGAGGAUGUGAAGAAACAGAAGUUCCAGGUGGAACAGGAACUCCCUAAACUGAGGGAAGCUGCCGAAAAGGAGCAGAAGAAACUGCAAAAGGACAUGCAAGAGAUCUGUCUUCAAAAGAAUAAAGCUGAGCAAGAGGCAAAACAGUGCCGUAUAGAUCGAGAGGGCCUCGAGAAAGAGAAAGCAGAGGCAAAGCAGGAGUUGGAGCAUGUGAAGCAGCUCAUUCUCCAGGCAGAGACUCAAAGGAGUGUAUUGGAAGAAAACCUUCGGGCUUUUCGAAAUCAAAUAGAAGAAAGCACCUUCACUAGAAGAAACCUUGAAGAGCAUCUAAGAAGAAAAGACACAAAUCUUCAUGAUUUAGAGCAACAAAAAAAAUGCUUAAUCCAGGAGCUGAAGAACAAAACAGAAGGAGAAGAGAAGCUUAUGAAAAUAAUAAAGCAAAUGGAACAAGAUCUUGAAUUUAAAGGAUAUUUAUCAGAAAUAAAGUUGCAAGAAAAAGAGAAGACUGAAGCCAGAAGAAAGGUUGUUGAAGGCGGGUAUUGUGUAACUUGCGAAACUGUCCUGCCUACUUACAGCCAAUGUAGGACUGAUUCUGAAAUUGCAGGCUUCCAGAAUAAACAAGAAGCAAAAAAAGUAGAAGAGCUGAGACAGAAGAUAGAUGAGCUAGCUCUUGCCAACAGAAAAGCUGAUAAAACCAUUAAAGAUCUGAAAUAUGAACUGAAUGCAAUUGAGCUUCAGAAAUCAUCAGCAGAAGAAAAGUCUAAUUUAUUAAAAGAAAAAUUAGAUGAAGCCAACAGUGCGCUUAAGUGCCUAAAAAUUAAGUUGGAGGACAAAGACCAAGUAGAGCAGGGAUAUUUGCAACAACUGAAAGAGCUGGAAAAGCAGCUGCACAGAACAACGGAUAAAGCUGAUGAGGUGAUGCAAGAAGCUAUAGAUCUUAAGAAAAUUAAGAUGAACUAUCAGGAGGAGCUGAAAUCUGCCCAGCAGGAGAAAACCCAACUGAAAAGAGAAAUAGAGGAAUUAACUAGAUCGCAGGCAAAAACUGAAAUCACAAUAAGCCAGUUAAAUUCACAAAUCAGUUCACUUCAGAAGGAGAAAGUGGCAGCUGAAUACAGAACACAGUCAUGCAAAGGAGAAGCAAGCAAUCUUCAAGAGCAGUAUAAGAACAUUCAGGAACAAUUGCUUCACAAAACAAAAGCAGAGAAGGAAAACCAGCAGGAAAUUCUGAUGUUGAAAGAUAAAUUAGUCAGAAGCACUCAGGCAUCAGAAACACUGAAGCAAAAGAUAGAGGAGCUUAAUAAAUGGAAUACUGACACAAAACUACUCAUGAAACAAAUUCAAAUGGAAUCAGAGAAGAUAAAUCUGGAAAAGCAAAGUAUUCAGAGGAAAAACGAUGCAUUGAAAACACUAGCAGAUGGUUUCAAAGAGCAACUGCGUACAACAAAUGAACAGUUGCACAAGCAAACAAUAAUUGAGCAAGAAUUCAUAUGUAAAGUCAAAAGCCUGGAGGAUGAGCUAGCAAAAACGAAAGCCUUAGUCAAUGAAUAUAAACAAAAUUAUGAUAAACAAAAUGCUUCCACCCUAACCAUUAGCCUGGAGGUUAAAAAUCUAAAUGCACAAGUGAAUGCUCUAACUAUGGAAAAGACAGUGAAUGAGCAGAAAAUACGACUGCAGCAAGCUCACGUUCAAGAGCUAACUAGUAAACUUAAAAAAUUACAGGAUGAACUCCACCAGAAGACUCUGGAUGAACAAAUGGCACGUAAAAAGAUGGUUCUGUUUCAGGAAGAAUCCAUUAAGUUUAAACACUCUGCAGAGGAAUUUAGGAAAAAAGUGGAAAAAUUACUAGAAUCCCAUAGCAUCACAGAAAAAGACAUUUCUGGCAUAAAACUGGAAUGUGUCGAAAAAAAGAUGCAAGUUGAAGAUCUGCAAGAAAGGCUUAAAAAGUGUCGUGAGCAGCUGCAGCAGGGGAAGCAUGCUGAGAUGGACUAUCUGCAGAAGUGCAGGAAGCUGGAGGAGGACUUGGAAGUGCAGAAGCGCAUGGUGGAGAGCUUGAAACAGAAAAUGGACCUGCAGUCGAGGGAGGGCGAACACAGAUUUCUAUUGUUUCAGAAAGAAGUUCAGCAAAAUAAUGAUAUCAAAGAUUCUGGAUUUAAAUUGAGCUGCGAGAGAAGAGGAAAUGAUUUCAGUUACCUGACUGACACCUCAGCUAGAGAUUUUGAGCAGCUCCAUACGCGUGCAAAGCCUAAUUCACCUUUGUUAAGGCAGAAACAAGAGAGAUCAGGUUUUAAAUCUGGUCAAACAGAGGAAAAUACAGUGUACGUGAGUGCUGACGAUACAGUACCAAGAGAGGUGCAGUUCCAGCUGUCAAGAAUAAACCAAUCCCUGGAAGAAGAUGCAAGUCCACAGUCUUUUACGGAGUUUGUUUCUCAGACAAGCACGCAGUUCCAGAUCACUUUUGAUAAAGCAAGCCAAAUUACUGGCGUAUCAGAAAUAGACAAACUGAGAGACGUGAACCUACAUAGUUCCAGGCAAACUAUUAGGUGUGGAGAAGACAUGAAGCAUGAAUUAGGAUUAGUAAAACUGCAUCCUUUGGAGAGAGCGAAGAACAAGCAGUAUGACAUGCAUGUUGAAGUUACAACAUUAAAACAAGAAAAUGACAAGACUUUUGGUAAUGAAGAGAGAAUGUUUGAGGGAUGCAAAACAUCUGAAGGGUUUAGGAGAGAAGACUUUGCAAACAUGAGUUCUUUCUUAGGGGAAGAGAUUCUGAAAACUGUCAAUGAUGCUACUCAGUUGGAAUAUUUUAUGGGGGAGCAUGAUGAUAUUAAAUUUCAGGGUCUCAGACAUGAUGUAACAGCCAGACAGUUAGUUGAAGUUAAACUUCUGGACAGGCUCACUGUUGAGCAGCUCUGCUCAGGGCAGAAGACUGUUGAUGAGGUUCAGAAAAGUCUCGAAAACUUUCUAACCAAACCUACAGCUAUAGCUGGACUGUACCUUGAAUCGAGCAAAGAAAUCGUCUCUUUUGCUGUAGCAGCAAAGAGAAAACUCAUAGGAAAAGCAUUAGCACUAGCAUUUUUAGAAGCCCAAGCAGCUACUGGUUUCAUCAUUGAUCCCACAACGGGUCAGAAAUUCUCUGUCGAUGAUUCACUUGUUAGAGGGCUUGCAGAUAACGAAUUCAGGAGUAGAUUGCUUGAGGCAGAAAAGGCUGUUUUGGGAUAUUACUGUUCUGGUAAAGUAAUAUCUGUGUAUCAGGCUAUGGAAGCUAGACUCCUAGAAAGACAAAAAGGCAAAAAUAUCCUUGAAGCCCAAAUUGCGAGUGGAGGAGUCAUUGAUCCUGUAAGAAGUGUUCGGGUCCCUCCAGAAAUCGCAGUGCAGCUUGGUUUGAUUAGUAACACAGUUUUAAAAUUUUUGCACGAACCUUCUAGUAAUGCAAAAUGUUUUCACAAUCCAAAUGACAGGAAAGCUAUGUACUACUCUGAUUUGCUGAAAAUGUGUGUGUUCAGCAUAAACAGUAAAUGUUUUCUGCUUCCAGUUGGGGAAAGGAAAAUAAGCAGCCCAUCAGCAGAUAAAAGUCAUAAAAUUUCUGUAGUAGACAUCAAAACAGGGGCUGAAAUGACCGCAUAUGAGGCUUACCAAAAAAAAGGUGUUGAUAAAACCACAUAUCUUGAACUUUCAAAACAGGAAUUUGAUUGGAAAGAGUCUACGUGUUUUGAUUCCGAUGGGAAUUCUUUUCUUUUACUUACGGAUCUUAAAACUGGUGUACAGUUUAAUAUUGAGGAGGCCUUAAAACAGGGUAGAAUUGAGAAAGCAUUAGUUGAUAGAUAUAAGGAAGGUCUCAUCACAGCUAUUGAGUUUGGCGAUAUUUUAGCUAGCAGUUCUCAAACAAAUAAAGAUCUAAACAGUCCUAUUGCAGGGUUUUGGCUCUCUGAAACCAAUGAAAGAAUUCCAGUUUUAAAAGCCUCACGCAAAAACUUGGUAGAUAGAAUUACUGCUCUCCGGUGUCUUGAAGCUCAGAUCAGUACAGGAGGCAUAACUGAUCCGUUCACUGGGAAGAGGUACAGUAUUUCAGAAGCUUUGCAAAGGGAAUUAAUUGAUGAUGGUUGUGCCAAGCAAAUUCAGCAGUGUGAGCUGGUCUUUACUGGGAUCAUUCACCCUGUAAGGAAGACAGCCAUGUCGGCUAUCGAAGCCAUGAAUGUAAAUGUGCUGGACAAAGAAACGGGUGGUCGCUGCCUGGAGUACCAGUACUUGACUGGGGGGCUGAUAGAUCCAAAAUCUCAUUCCAGGUUAUCAAUGGAAGAGGCAAUUAAGAAUGGUGUUAUCGAUGCUAUCACGGCUACAAAGCUGAAAGAUGAAAAACUGUAUGUUAAAUUUAUAACAUGUCCCAAAACAAAGAAGAAGUUAACCUACAAAGAGGCUUUAGAGAGAGCCAUUUUUGACUGCCACACUGGGCUGCGCCUGUUAGAAGCCGCUCAGCCUUUGAAGACGGGAAUUUCCAGUCUUUACUUUGCUUCGUAA